UCCGCCGCGCUUCUCUCUGUGCCUGGCGGACCGCGAAGAUGGCGGCGCCCAUGGAGGUGGCGCUGGUGACGGACGCGGCGGGGCCGCUGUGCAACUGCUCGGCCUGGGAGCUGCACUCGGGCUCGGCGCUGCCCGGCUACCGCGGAGGCAACAGCGGCCCCCGGGGGCUGGCGCUGCUGGGCGGGGAGCACCUCCUGGGAGCGCAGCUCGGCAAGAGCUACAUCAACGUCUGGGAGCUGCAGAGGAAGGACCAGCUCCAGCAGAAGAUCAUCUGCCCCGGGCCGGUGACCUGCCUGACAGCCUCUCCCAAUGGGCUCUACAUCUUGGUCGGGGUUGCUGAGAGCAUCUACCUGUGGGAGGUCUCCAACGGGAACCUCCUGGCCAUCCUGAACCGCCACUACCAGGACCUCACAUGCCUCUGCUUUACAGAUGACAGCAGCCACUUUCUCUCAGGGGCUAAGGACUGUCUGGCCCUGGUGUGGAACCUUUACAGCGUGCUGCAGGCAGAGCCCUCCCAGAUCCCUGACCCACGCCACGUGUGGUCCCGACACAGCCUCCCCAUCACAGACUUGUGCUGUGGCUUUGGAGGCCCCUUGGCACGAGCUGCCACAGCCUCCCUGGACCAGACGGCGAAGCUCUGGGAAGUCUCAUCUGGGGAGCUCCUGCUUUCUGUCCUCUUCGACGUGGGCAUCAUGGCUGUGACUCUUGAUCUCUCCGAGUACCACAUGUUCUGCGGUGGCAUGGACGGAUCCAUCUUCCAGGUUGACCUCUGUGCCUGGCCGGUCCAGAGAGACCGGACCUUCCAGACGGAGCGGGAGAACGGGAAGGUCUUCAAAGGGCACAGGAACCAGGUGACGUGCCUGUCGGUGUCCACGGAUGGCAGCCUCCUGCUUUCCGGCUCGCACGACGAAACAGUCCGGCUGUGGGACAUCCAGAGCAAGCAGUGCCUGAAGACGAUGAAUCACAAAGGUCCGGUUACGAACGCCUUCAUCGUGCUGGCCCCCGCCAACAUGCUCAGCCCCGACGGGAAGCCCAGCACACCCCUGCCCAAGUUCAGCAGGCACCUCCACGGCACCGAGAGCAGCGACGAGCAGGGCAGCGAGGGGCUGACGCUGCGCCUGGGCCUCCACCAGCAGGAGUCUGGAGAGAGCUACCUAGAGAAGGCCAGGAGAACCUACUCACAGAUGUACUCCACGAGGGAAAAGAACCUGGUGGGGGACCAGGAGCACCUGACGAUCCAGGUGAGUGAGCUGGAGGAGGAGGUGAGCACCCUCCGGAAGAUCAACAAGAACCUCUUCGACUUCUCGGCCCGCAUCAUCACCAAACCCGCUAAAUGAAGCGGCUGCCGCUGCCCUGC